CUGUACUAAGCAACCAACCCCAAUCAACCGCCUAAGCACAACCCCAACGUCCAAAGCAAAAGACUCGGGACACCCAACCCUGCCCCGACUAUACCUCCAACACUUACAUCAUACCCCAAUUCACCACAAUCUCCAUCCCACCUCGCACCCAAGUGACCGAACACUGAGUAAUCGUCAUAAUACCAAGUACAGUACCUAAACCCCGACACCCACCGACGAGACCCAGACCCAGACCCAGAACCAGACAACAAGAAAAAGCACAAGUCAAAAGCAAGGGUUUUUUCCCCUCAGGAAAGUGACCCUAACUCGCCGGCAGGAAAAAGGCAACCGGCUGAGUCAGAGUCAGAGUCCGAGCCAGAGAUCUCGAUCUCGGUUUCCGUAGUCUAUGCUGCAUGCGGGGGUGUAUCCUUUCGGGGGUUAUGUUUUACCUUUGUGAAUCAAGUAUGUAUGCAGACUUGAUAGGAAGUAUGUAUGUCAGUAUGUAUGUCAACCAUCUGACGGUUCAUCCACCCAUCAACGGGGCAUUUGUAAGUGUUUACGCUAUCCGGGGCAACAAGAACAAGAACUGGAACUGGAACUGGAAAGAUUCAGAUCCCGUGUGUUGGUGGAAGCUGCGUGUGGGUUCAAGGCUCCAGGUUGACAGGUGGACUGGACUUGACUUACUACCUACUACCUACUACCUACUAACUCCUGUCUCUGUACGGGGUACUACGGGUUUGCAUGGUGCAGUGCAGUUUGUGCAGUCUAGGCCGAUUGUGUGGUGGAUGCGCAAGUUACCUACCUAUUACUCUACCCUGUGGUGGAAUUAG